AUAUUAUGAAGUUUCAUUUAACAAGCUUAAAAAAUAUACAAAAAGUAUUGAAGACGAUGAAGUUUUACAAGAUCUACUUCCUGCAGUCAAAAAAAUUACUGGAAUGGCUAUUGAGGAGACAUAUAAUGAAGAAUCCUUUUUACUGCAAAGAGGCACCAAAUAA